AAUACUUUGCUUGGGUGGAACAUGGCAUAAAAAGUAUUCUUUAGGGGUGUUUCAAGGUGGAGAUACGAUAAUAUGGCAAAAGACAUAGCUUUCAGUCCUUGUGAUAAGAAAUCAUCACAUCAUAGUCUUCAAAAUCGAAAUCACAAAGUUCACAUGCUUUUGAAUUCUAGUUCUAAAAAUUCACAGAAGAGGAAAUUUGAUCAAUACAUAAAUGGUGGUAAAUUUGCUUCUAGUUUUGAACUUGUCGGUAGUGAAAAUGCCAAAAAUCAAACGAGAAACUCAUCUUCUUGUCUUUCAUGUUCAACACUAUCAGAUGGAGAAAGAACUAUAUGGCAGGGAAGACAAGAAUAUGUCUCCCCUGCAUUUUGUGGUCAUUGCACAAAACACUAUUCUCACCUAAGUGGUCAUUGUAGGGAUUUAAUGGCUAGUAAUAGUUAUUCUUAUAGUACCAAGGAGAAACGAGGAAAAGAGGAAGACAUAGAUCUCGUUGACUCACUGACACACUUUUUACCUUCUAGGGGUAACCAUCUUUCAAGAUUGGCUGUUCCCAUUGGACCUAGGUUUCAAGCUGAAGUUCCUAAAUGGGAGCACACAACCAACAUAAAACAAUAUAACAAUGACGAUUGUUUGAAGUGGUUAGGUACCCAAAUUUGUCCAAUGUCUGGUGUAUGUAAAAUGACUGCAGAUGGUACUGAGAAAGGCAUGCUCGACUCAUGCAUGUGUUGCAAUUCUGAAUUAGUUAAUUGUGUUGAAAAACAUGUUGGAGACGCUAGAGAGAUUGACGCCGCUUUCUCAAGUUGGAAGUUUAAUGAAAUUGAAGGUGAUGAUUCAAAAUCCUGGACAAAGGAAUCGUAG